AUGGAUUCUCUGGUUGCAGCAAACACCAAAUUUGGCUUUGAUCUUUUCCAGGAGAUAAGCAAAGAUGAUCACCAUAAAAACUUCUUCUUCUGUCCUCUGAGCCUCUCGGCUGCCCUUGGCAUGGUCCGCUUGGGAGCCAGAAGUGACAGUGCACAGCAGAUAGACCAGGUGCUACACUUCAAUGAGUUUUCCCAGAGUGAAACAAAGGAACCUGAUCCCUGUCUGAAAAGGAAAAACUCAGAAGAACUCGCUGAUGGCUCUCUGGAGGGGCAGAAGGAAACGAGGGGGUCUCUGACUUUGCAGGCUGAGUCUUCCAAUGACGAGAGUGGACUGCUCAGUUGCUACUUCGGGCAGCUUCUCUCCAAGUUAGACAGGAUCAGAGUUGAUUACACCCUAAGCAUUGCCAACAGGCUUUACGGAGAGCAGGAAUUCCCCAUCUGUCCGGAAUACUUAGAUGGCGUGAUUCAAUUUUACCACACAACCAUUGAAAGUGUUGAUUUCCGGAAAGACACCGAAAAGUCCAGACAACAGAUUAACUUUUGGGUUGAAUCUCAGUGCCAAGGUAAAAUCAAGGAACUCUUCAGCAAGGAUACUAUUAACAGCGCAACUGUGCUGGUUCUGGUGAAUGCUGUUUACUUCAAGGCCAAAUGGGAAUAUUUUGACUGUGAAAACACAGUGGAUGCACCUUUCUAUCUAAAUGAGAAUGAAAAGAAGACCGUGAGGAUGAUGAAUCAAAAGGGCCUAUUUAGGAUUGGCUUCAUAGAGGAGCUGAAGGCACAGAUCCUUGAAAUAAGGUACACCAAGGGGGCGCUCAGCAUGUUUGUCCUGCUGCCGGCUUUCUCUGAAGAUAACUUGAAGGGCCUGGAAGAGCUUGAAAGGAACAUCACCCACGAAAAAAUAAUGGCCUGGAGCAGCUCGGAAAAUAUGUCAGAAAAACCAGUAGCCGUCUCCUUCCCACAGUUCACCCUAGAAGACAGCUACGAUCUGAAUUCUAUUCUACAGGGCAUGGGCAUCACGGAUAUCUUCGAGGAAAGGAAGGCUGAUCUUACUGGCAUCUCUCCAAGUCCCAACUUGUACCUGUCAAAAGUUGUCCAUAAAACCUUUCUGGAGGUGGAUGAAAAUGGCACCCAGGCAGUAGCCGCCAGUGGUGCUGCCACCAUGGAAAGGUCCAUACCAUCCUGGGUGACGUUUAAUGCCAAUCACCCUUUUCUCUUUUUCAUCAGACACAACAAAACCCAAACCAUUCUCUUCUAUGGCAGGGUCUGCUCUCCUUGA